CCUUCCGCUAGUGCCAGACAUCUGGGCUUUCCUCUGUGCGUCUAGCCUAGGCAGGGUUCCAGAAGGUUCCUCCCAGGAACCUUGGGCGAUGCCGCAUUUCCGUGCCUCGAUUUCCCCAGACAGGCACCCUGUCUGCAGAGAGAGAACCCCUCUGUGUGUCCCCACCGUGAGGGCUAUGAGCUAUGAGCAAAACGAUGCCAACCUGCCUGGUAUUUCCAGCUCUCCUGCCCGACAGCCCCAGGGCUGACGUCCCGGGGCCCGGGGGCCGAGCCGGCGUGGAAGAGAGGACUGCCCCGGAGGAGGGCGAAGCCGUCCCGCGCGAGCAGCAAGCGGAAAACCCUGAGAAGGUACAGAGGGAGCUUCCUGCAGGGCCGCGUGCAGCUCCGGGCGAGGAGACUACGCAAGCCGCUGUGGGUGCUGCGAAAAGACUGCCCCCCUCCCCCACUCGAGGGGCCGGACCCACGCAGGACCCUUGGACAGGCUGCGUCGGAAACGGCAGGUAAUGCUCUCCUUGGACGUGAGUCCUGAGGGGGCAUGAAAAGGCCCCGGGCUGCGAGCGGUGUAGGUUGAGCAGAAGACACCUGUGGGGCGG